AUUGCAACAAACACACUAUCAAGAGUAAUUCGCAUUGCUUUAAUCGUUUUAACAUAAAUGAGAGUUUACUUUAAUGCAGGGUAGUCGUUAGACAUAGGCCGAGAAGCUUGUCUACGACGCAGAAACCUCUUUUUCCAGUCAGGCAAAUCGUCAGGCACCUGGCAGUAACCCUGACAACACAACAGGGUCCUUCGUUUAGCGCCAGUUUGGAUUUUCUCCCUCGCUCUACUCUGUGUGAGGUUUGUAAAUAUGUGCCUAAUGUGACAUUUUUAUCAAAUAUAACUGAAAUUUUUCUAUAUAGCUACGUGUAGUGUUACUGGCAUACAAGCAAUAUAUUGACGUGUUGGACGUGACUGUAAAAAUCAGUCAAAGCUGCAUUAAAGCUGGUAAAGGACGCGAAGUUGUUUCUUUACAUCCCGGGGUCACCAGGUCAUCUGAAAUCAGCCUUACUGUUAACAUCUCAAAAAUGGACAGUGAGGAUGAUCUGGACAUUUUGACGUCACUGCUGGCUGAGAGCGAGGGCGUCGGAGAGGAACAGGAAGGUCAGCAGCAGGCAGACGACUUGGAUGACCUGUUUGACAAUGAUGAUGAGGAAGAGUACAAAGAGGGCGUCGAGGAGGAAGGACAGGAUGUGGAGCCAGAAGAGGCGUUGUUAGAACUCUUUGGAGAUGUAGAUGACAUUGAAAAUGAAGAGAGAGACUCUGCUAAAGGAAAAGAAAGCGGAGGAGAAGCCUCUGAGAGCCUUAACAGGUCCAAGGAAGAUUUACAAGAGGAGUUGAGGCGGAUGCAGGAGCAGAUGCAGAGGUUGCAGCAGCAGCUGGAGGCGAGCCAGACGGUUCCCACCUCAUCCUCCACUAUCAGGACUGCAGGGAGCUCUGCUGGUCCCAAACCAACGACCCCCAAACCAAAACCUCCCCAAAAGCCCAUUUCCAAAGUGACCCAGGCUAAACCAGCUGCUACCAUACAGAAGACCAAGACACAAGCAGCAUCUUCAUCCACUCCAGUCAGAGGAGGAAACCUGAAGCUCCAGGAGUCCUCUGACUUCUCUGCUCAGCUGAACAUCGCUGACUCCUUCAAAUCCAAACCGAGAGUAGCUCACCAACCCAAACCCAGCACUUCAGCAGAAGACAGAGGACCACUGGUGGAGAUAAAGAUCGGCAGCUCCUUCCAGCCAGUAGAGAGCACCAGCAAGGUCACCAAUCCUCUGCGUUCCCCUCCAGCCUCUCAGAACAGACCGGGUCCAGCUGUAUCAACAGGACAGCCUAAACCCGCUUCUCUUCCUCCUCUUCCUAAAGACGUGGCUGUUGAGAGAUACUCCGGGCUGCGGCUCAGAAAACCACGAGUUUCCUCCUGCGAUAUGGACCGCAAGAUGGCGGACCGCCGUCUGAUCCGUCUGUCGCAGGUGCCGGAGCGUUUGACUCGGGAGAAGCUGGAGGACGUCGACUGGGUGACCUUCGCCGUGCUGGUCAGCAAGGCCACGCCACAAAGUAGCAGUAGUGGCAAAACCUUUAGCAUCUGGAAGCUGAACGACCUCCAUAACCUGGAAGUGUUUGUGUCACUCCUCUUGUUUGGGGAAGUCCACAAAGAGCACUGGAAGACUGAGCCAGGCACUGUCAUCGGACUGCUCAACCCGAACCCUAUGAAACAGAAAGAUGGAUAUGACGGGGUCAGCCUGACGGUGGAUCACCCACAGAAGGUGCUGCUGUUGGGUGAAGCUCAGGACUACGGCACCUGCAAGGCCAUGAAGAAGAACGGAGACCCUUGCUCUCAGAUCGUUAACUUGUAUGAGUGCCAGUUCUGCCAGUAUCACGUCAAAGCCCAGUAUAAAAAGAUGAGCUCGAAGAGGGCCGAGCUGCAGUCAUCGUACUCUGGAAAAGCUCCCAACAAGGUGAAGGGGAAGGGUGGCGGCGGCCUGAGGGAACGUCUGUGUCAGGAUGGUUUCUACUACGGCGGCGUGUCCUCACCUGCCUGCGCCGCAUCACUAACGGCAGCCAAACCGAACAAACCCGUACAGAAAACUCUGGAUAAGCUGUUUGUGAAAGGCUCGGCUCAGCACGUCAGUCAGGCCAAGAGGCUGGUCAUGCAGUCCGGUGAGGUUUCAGGUUGUUCAGAUGAAUUCAGGGGCUUGAUGUCAGUGCCGACACCUGGAGCUCUGCAGCUCAAGAGACACCUGGCUCAGGACAGCCAAUCAGCCGCCAAAGCUGCAGCUGGAGCUUCAGUUCAGUCAAUCUCAGCGUCCGACCUGCUGAAACAGCAGAAACAGAGGCAGCGAGAGCUUCUGGAGAGCCGUCGGCAGAGGGCGGGGGAGAUCCAGAAGAAGAUGCUGCAGAGCUCAGCUGGGGCCAGACCUGGAUCAUCCUUACCGGGCUCGGGUCUGAUAUCCCCGAAAGCCGCUUCUGAGGUCCCCAAGGCCACCCAAAGCCCCGCAGCUCCCAACACCCCCACCCUGGGCCGAGGCUUCUCAGAGGGUGAAGACAUCCUGUUCUUUGACAACAGCCCACCUUCAGCACCCGCUCGCAGCGCUCUCAGCCUAUCAGCUGCCAAGCUGGCUGCUCUGAAGAAGCUGAGAGCCAAAGGGGCGGGGCUUAAAAAAGAAGACCCCAACGCCGUGAAGAGGAAGAGGUGUAACGACAGUGAGAUCGUCACCCGGGUGGAGAAGAAUCUGACCUCACCAAAUGGAGAAUCGUCCAGUAACGAGGAUGAGGAGCCGGCUCAGAAGAAGAAGAGAGAUCAACUCCGCUACAUCCAGUCGGAGGAGUUUCAGAAGAUCCUCAACGCCAAAUCUCGCCACGGAAUUGUACUACAGGCGGCGGAGUACCAGCUGCAGGAGCGCUACUUUGAUGCUCUGGUGAAGAAGGAGCAGAUGGAGGAGAAGAUGAAGGGCAUCAGAGAGAUGAAGUGUCGUGCCGUCAGCUGUAAAAAGUGUAAUUACACUUACUUUAAGCCGGCGGAUCGUUGUGUGGAGGAGAAUCAUAAUCUGCGGUGGCACGACGCCGUAAAACGUUUCUUCAAAUGUCCCUGUGGACAGAGAGCCAUCGCUCUGGACAGACUGCCAAAUAAACACUGCAGUAACUGUGGUCUGUUUAAAUGGGAGCGUGACGGGAUGCUAAAGGAGAAAACGGGACCAAAGAUCGGCGGAGAGCUUCUGCAGCCUCGAGGAGAGGAGCACGGCAAGUUCCUCCACAGCAAGUAAAAGCACCUUCAUCUUCCUCAGCCUUGAUGAUGCCUUCAUCAGUCGCAACUGCACACAGCUGGUCACCGUUACACUAUGAAUUAUGUUUUUAAAUGUAGAUAUUGUUUUUUUUAUUGAUUAUGGAUACUUGAAUGUCUGAUUAUAUUGGCUAUGCUGGAAUUACGCUGAUUAAAGUAAUAAUUUGUAACAUUU